AGAGAGGCUGGGCUGCGUGUGUUGUCGAAGCUGAAACCAUCAUUUCUUCUGUUGUUCCUUGGGUCAGAUCCAGUUGCUGUUCUCUUUUUCCGACUCGGAAUUACACACACACGCUGUUCUUUGAGAGCGCGCAAGUCAAUACUUUCAACAUGGCUGGUGCAGACGGAAUGCAAAAGAUGUUACCAGAAGCUCACCCGAAAAGAAAGCACCCAUUGCAUCCACUUUGUGCGAGGACUGCUUUCAGCUGCAAUAAGUUGUUUUUGUUUAUCUACGCUCUUGUGUUUUUGUUUGUUGGCAUCAUUCUAAUGGCUAUUGGAGUGCUUGUGGAGAUGCACAGGGAUCGCAUUGAACCUGUAAACAACCGACUGGCCGUCCCCACUGCCAUGUUGAUUGCCGUUGGUCUCAUCAUCGCAAUUAAUGCUUUGUGCGGCAUGGUUGGUACCAUCAUGGAGAAACCUUGUUUGCUGAAAGUGUUUUUGGUAACCACCGUGGUUUGCUUCCUGUUGCAAGUGACGAUUGGGAUUAUUGCAUUCAUCUACCGGGAACAGCUUCCCCAUAUGGUCAGCAAGGAGUUCAUGUUUGCCAUCAAGGGUUACUCCAAGGACGGGGAAAUCAAGACAGCGCUGGACUGGCUGCAGACAAAGUAUCGCUGCUGUGGCUUCAGCUCCUAUGAGGACUAUGAGAAUGAGAACCCCGACUACAGCUGCAGCUCUGGUAAACCUGAGGCUUGUGGGGUGCCCAAGUCUUGCUGUGUGCAGAAGGCGGGCAUGGCAUUACCCGAGUCCUGCGGCUACGGAGUUAUUGGGAAUGCUACGAUGUUUGACCUAAUCUAUGUGGAGGGCUGUACAGGCGCGCUGCUGCAGUGGCUGAUGGAGCACCUGGACCUGGUUGGAGCCAUCGCCCUGGGCUUUGCCAUCCCACAAAUCUUCGGAAUAUUGCUGGCCUACUACUUUUUGAGAAAGGUGAAGGAGUAUCGUGUGUGGUACAGAGUGGACAACUUCCGCACCUAGACCGGCCCUUCCUCAAUGCUCUCCACCUGCUCAUCCGUUCCUGAUUGUGUUCCAUUUCCCUAACUUCUCCCCUUCCUGUCCCACCACCCUAGCCUCCCAUCCUUCUGCCCCUUCCCCUUUCCUCUCCCUGCUCUUCAGUUAUCUAACAAUCUCCCCGAGCCCUUCUCUUCCUCCGAAUUGCCUCUGUCAGACCCACCCCUGACUCUGCAGGGAUCACAGCCCGCUCAUUUGUUCUUGACCACUUCCAUUUUCCCACUCCUUUUCUUCCUCCUAUCUCUUUUAUCUCUUCUUCCUCCACCUUUCUCCUUCUUCCCCCCGCCUUCAUCCUUUCUCCCAGUCAACAUAACUACACUGUACAUACAACAGUACAUCUCACACCUUGAAGUCACGUGAUCUGGAACGCAGUAGUGGAUCGUCAGUCCAUCCAUCCAUCCAUCCAUUUUGUCUCAAGUGUUCGUACACAGAGCACAUGCUUUAUAACAAACCAUUUAUUUGCUUCAAGAGUUCAGACCUUGAAUUGGCACAUCCAUCCAUCCAUCAAUUUUUGUCUCAAGUGUUCAUACAAAAAGCAUAUGUGAGGCAACAUGGUGAAAUCAGACGCUCAUCAAAAUAAUGAAAGUAAAGAAACUUACACUUUUCCGCUGGUUUGGCUUGAAUUAUAUUGAAAAACGAUUUAAAGGCAUAGAAAAUGUAAACGGUCAGUUUCCACGGACUCUGAGGCUUUGUAAUUAACCAAACUUUGGCGGCCAUUUUCUCACUAAUUUUACCUCUGAAACCAGCCGAUUCGACCUCAUUCAAUCGCAAAUAUCUCGAUGUGUACUCGAGAUAAAUGGGUAAAUUCUUUCAAUGAAAGCAAGGCAAAUGAGCAAGCUUUAAGGUCAUACCAAUAACUCCAUAUGCCCAAAAAUUGACGAGCGCCUGAUUCCACCACGUCAUGACGAAUAUGCUUAUAUAGCCAACCAUUUUGUCUUAAGUGUUCAUACAAAAAGCAUGCUUGCAUAGGGAACCUUAGUGUCUCAAGAGUACACACCCUGAACCAAUGCUUGCCGAAAGAGAUUUCUCCCCGCACUGCUGCUUGUCCCAUCCUUCCCUUAAAGAUAUCUGUGUUGUAGUUUGCUACACAUUUUUCAUAUUUUAAAAACGCUUUUGGCUAGUCAUUGUCACCACUGGAAAAAAAAAUUUGACAUUCCUUCUACAUUGAACGGCAGCGCAAGCAAUGCUACUCUUGGCUUGCUGGCCUGUUCAGUAGAGCAUCUCUUUAUUAGCCACUACCCUUUUGUGGUAGUAGAUAUAUGGGCCAAUUGUCAACUUUCUGUCAGAUGACCACUUUUCAUUGACUUUCAUUCCAUGGUAUUCCUUUACAGCCAUUUUAUUUACAUUAGAAGUUCUCGUUGAAAUGUUUUUUGAUGGAUAGAUUGCAGGUACUCAUCUUUGUGCCGAUUAUUGUUUUCUUGUUCUGACUGUUUUGCUAAAGUAAGAUUGAAAACCGAUUAGUCUUGGAGUUGUUAGGCCAUUCUGGCUGUUUGUAAAGUUUGGUUCGAUCGUAAUUCAAAACAAAUAGAAUUAGUUUUGGUUAGGUCAAGGUCCACUUGUUUCAUUAGUUCCAAGUCAUCAUGCACUGCUGGGUUCUUUUUCUUGAAAAUUAUUCCAACAACGAGAACGCUUUGAUAUGAUAGGUUGUAGUUCACUCAACUUUUUUCCUUCCAAUGUGACAGUUUUUGGAGGUGGGUUGUCAUUAUGUCCAUCCUGUUUGUAUAGAUGUUUAUGUACAAUCAAGUUCUCUUUGAGAAUUCAAUUCUGUGUUUAUAUCUAUAUUUACGCAUCCUGUCCUGGACCUAUUUAAACAUUUUCUGAAUUUUUUUUCUUUUUUUUUCUGUUUUAUCGGUGACAUUUCCACCUCAGAUAUUGACACAUUAUUGUGUGCCUCAGCUUCUCCUUACAUUUCCAGUGCGGAAUUUCUGGAUUUUUCAUUACUGUGCUUUUAUUUUGGUCAAUAAUUUUUUUUGUGUAGCAUAUAGCUUUUGUCUUUUAUCCUGCUUUAUUAGAAUUUGUUUUUAAAAUUCUACUUUCUAUUCAUCGUUGCACAAACUUACAUGCCUCUAUUGAGCAUCAUUUGUACCCCAUUUUCUGUCUCCUAUAACGAAACUUGUUUGGGUUUUUUUUCAUGUUGUAUUUAAUGAUUUUUAUUGAAUGCUUCAAUUUGUUUUAAGUUUGAUUGUAAUUUGUUUGAUAUGUUUUUUCCUUUGGGGAAAGGAGUUUAAGUUUUGUCCUUUUUUUAUGCAUAAGAAUGCAAGUAUACUUUAACUUUAAACAGAAGCAUGGAAUGCUCUUAAGUGUAGGGAUGUUUCUGAUUAGAUGUGAUACAACCAUGUCUAUACCUGUUGCAAUAAAAGAACACUUUCUUGCAGUUAUCCUGUUUGCAAUUGCGAAUUUUAUAUUCUGAAUACUAGUCGCCAUUUUAGUUUUUGUGGAAACUGAAAUGUUAUUCAAUUUACAGCAUAUAUUGUUGAUGAAAUCAAGAAUUAUGCAUCAAUAAACAUAUGUUGCAAUGUCCGGGUAUUUUCAUGGAAUUGCCUUCUCAGGAUUCUUCUUUAAGUCACAAUUCUUAAAAGAUAAAGGAAGGAAAAAGCUUCAAUUUUUAUCUCUUUUGUCUUAAUUUGAAGGGCCAGUGGCACUUUUAUACAGUCUUUGUUAUAUUAUAUUGUUGAGUUUAAUCGUGUAAUUCCUAUUAUGUGAGUUGGGCUACUACACCUUCUUACCCUGGAUAAUAUAUUCGAGAUUUUGAUCAUCUGAAUAGAUAAUGCAUCGAAAUCUUUUUAAGAUACAUAACUGCAGUAAUGUAAUUUACUUCUUGUCUAGCUAAUCUUGCACUGCAAAGCACAACCGACGAAAUGAUAUUGAAGAGCAAUAAUUGAUACGAAGGAGAGCUAUAAAGGCUAUUAUCUUUGACAGCAAAAUUAAAGUCUGGCUUUCAUGAUGCAAACAAAUUAAGAGUUGCAGAAAUGCUGUUUUGUGGAUGCAGUGUUUCUUUUUUAGAACAAAGUAAAACGUUUUGCUUUGAGAAUUUCUCAGUGUAAAAGGUUUGGAGGAUUUUGCUCUCUCUCUAAGUUGGUAAAUGGUGUAAUGAUUGCCUGUACCAUAAUAUUAUGUUCAGAUUUCAUUGUCCAGUUCUAAAAUUUAUACAGAUAGGUUUUAUUAUUUCUUGUAUGAUCAGCUCUCUCAGGAAAAAGGAAAUUCUUAUUUACAGUUUGAGAAGAAUCUCAAGAAAAUGAAAAUACUCGCAGUUGUUAUUUCCUUUUUAAAAACUAUGUGCGUCUGUUGUAAAAGAGCAUUGCACUUUAUUUUGUAUGGUUUGGUUUCGUUAUGCCAAUAUUUUCAUAAUGACACCCUUACAGUUAAUUUGCAAAGUGAAUCUCAUAUGUUAAGUUGGGUGUUUUACCGUAUAUUCUUUUCUUUUGCACCAUAAUUGAGAUGAUAUAUACCUAUAUAUAUGUAUACUUGAAACUUAUUGAACAUCAUUAUUUUGGUUUUUGCUUCCUAUUAAAUAAAAAGUUGAUGGUUGUGUAUAUUUUUUACUUCAUUGGAUGUGACAUAGGCUGUCUUAAUUGCCAAUUCUUCUUUCUUGCCGGAUUGAAAAAAGCCCUAACAUGUUAGAAAUCAUGUGUUGAGUUUCUAUGGGUCGUUUUCUUUUUCUGUUCAUAAUGUCAUUGAGAAAAGGAUGAAAGUCAUGGUGCAUUCAUUUCUAUCCCUUCAAAGGGCAAAAUAUUUUUUUUAUGAAAUCUCGGUAGAAUAUUCAUGUGCAAUACAAACUUUUCUGACAAAUUCUAAAAUCUCACCAGAAAUCUUGCCAUGUCAACAACUUUGCACCCCUUCUCUUAUUUAUCAAUUAGGAUAGACCACGUUUUUACCUUUUGUGUCACCAUUUUAGUCGUAUCAUCACAGAUGAUACUAUUGGGGUUUUGGCCAGUAUGAUUUACCUCAACUCUCUAGCGUUUCUCCUCAUUUCUAGUAUUGAAUCUACCCUCAUUUUUAGUCUUUUUUGUGGGUCUUGCUCAAGUUAUCAGAUGAAAAUGCACCUGGGAACUCAGAUUAAGGAAUCAAAUGUAGGAUAUUUAGUGGAUUUGCUUGCUGUUUUUUUUAGCAUUGCCACUUCUUGAAGCUUUCGUCAGUGUAGAUGUGUUAUUUAUAAGAUCACACAUUUCCCUAAAAUUAAGGCACUUUCCCUGUCAGCCAAUGUCAGUUGUUACAGUUUUCAAGUGUCAUCAGGCCGGGAACAGUGGUGAUUUAUUUCGAAAAUGUGACCUGUUGAUACAGAUGUAGACUAAGUGUAACGUGGAAUGAUUCUAUUGAUUAUUUUGACAUCUUGGAGCAUCUGUUUGAAUAUGCCAUUGUUGCCAGAAAUUCUGUGCUUCAAAGAGCCAUUUUCCUUUCAGGUUUCCAAACUUAAUGGGAAUACCUGUAUUCUAUGGUGCUAUGACAUUACAGUACAACACCCAGCAACAAAGUCAGAUAUUUUUUCUUUAAAGAUCAUGCUUUAAUCAUUAGUUAUUGGUAGACAAGAGCAUUUGUACAAAUUGGCAUUGAAGAGGUUUUGGAUUGUAUAGUAUGCAGUGGGUUUUCCUGUUAUCUUUACUGCUUGUGUCAGGUUUGAUUAUGUCUCAUUUUUUUAGUGCUUUGCUGAUAUUUAUAAUGCUUUGUACACAUUUUUUUAUUUCAUAAUCUUAAUUCAAGCAUACUUUCUUUUUUAUUAUUUUACCAAAAAGAAACUUAAAGCGAUUUUGUUGAGUUUUAUUUGUACAAUUCUGACAUAUUUUACUGGCGUGUGUAUGUGUAUUUUACCAUCAUCUCAUUGGCAUUUACUUGCUUUUUCCAUACUCUCUAUUUCUCUCUCCGUCUUGUACAUCUCAUCUCCUGAAGAAACCACUCAUUAAAAAUCUUAUGUGGCAUGGUUUAUUGACAGGUUUUUGAGGUUAUUAAUACUAAGCAAUUCAAUUUUUGUGUUUUUUUAAUAACUAUAUGUGAAGCAUCAUGGUGAAAUCAGCGCUUGUCAUAAUAAUGAAC